UGAAGUUGGACAUGUGCUACAAAUGUUUGUUUUUUUCCUUCUCAAAUUAGCCAGGGAGCGUACAAUGUCAUAGCAGCAAGACCGUACUAACUCUAAAAGAAACCUUUUUUAGUCAUAGAAAACGAGCACACAUAAAGCAAGAAUGGGUGAUGUCAGUGAGGAAUCGUUGCUGGACUAUUUCUACUCAGCCGGAGGGAAAGUAAAAAAUGCUGAUUUAAUGAAAAUAUACAGGCCUUUCAUUGGUCAUAACGACAUGCAGCUGCGUGACAAAUACAGAGAGGAGUUCAAACGGAUCAUCGACAUGAUUGCUGUUGUGAAAUCAGAGAAUAGUGAGAAGUACCUGAUUCUGAAGAAGAGGUACAGGCAGCAGGAGCAGGGCAGUGAGACAGAGCCUGGGACAGACAGACAAGCCAGUCCUGCGGCCAGCACCUCCAGGCCCUCGGCAUCAGUCCAGCGGGAUGUGUCGGGGGUCUCGUCUCUCCACACCCAGGAGGAACCAGACCUCCAGCCUGACCCGGCCAAGAGGGCAGAGGCGAGGAAGCCUUCACAGGUGAUGUGGUGUGGAGGAAUCCCCAGAAUUACCUUCAAAGAGGCACCCAAGCAGGAGCACACGCAGGAGGACCAGCACACCGAGAGGACCCCCUCACCGUCCAUUUCAGAGAAAACGCUAGCGCACAGUAACGGAGAGGAUGAGCUAGACAGGGACUCCGGGUCAAAGUCUGAGUCGGAAGAGGAGAGUAUGGGCAGAAUGCGCUCCACCCCAGUGGCUCUGGACCCCAUGGAGAAGGAAUGGAUCUACUCUGCUACUUGUGGCAGUCUCUCUGACCUCUCCCAGCUGCUAAAACAGGAGCCCUCCUUGGCCAACAAGAAGGACUUUGUUUCAUUUACAGCUCUUCACUGGGCAGCCAAACACGGCAAGGAGGACAUGGCUACCAUGAUGGUUAACGCAGGAGCUGAUGUGAACACUAAAUCUCAUGUGAGUACCUCCUCUUUCAGUACAGUAUAUCAUACGCAGGAAGUGAUCAGUGUUUGUAUAUUUGGAGACCGGCCAGGCAGAUUUGUUACCAAGGUAAUGAGCCUAUGGGUUGCGGCCAGGUUAUCUUGUUUUCUGUUUUCUGUGGUGUUGGGCUAUACACCCCUGCAUAUUGCGGCAUUGCAUGGCCAUCGACACAUUUUGGAGCUGCUCAUUGGAAAAUACGGUGCGAAGAAGAAUCUGCGGGACUACAGCGGCCAUCUUGCCUGCCAGUACCUGAACAUCACGGAGCCUACAGAGGACGACCGAGCAGCUCCAGAGGAGACACAAUUCCCUGAGUUCCAGGCCAGAGACCACAGUAGGAACAGGAAGUUGGUCUCGUUGUUCCAGUCCAAGAAGAAGUGGGGCUCAGCGGAGGAGCUAGCCCCUGUAAAUGAGAGGGUGGCACUAGCACCCCAUCAACUCAUGGUCCCCGCAUUCAGACCCAGGAAAUUCUCACGCUAAGGAAGAAGCUAAGCCAAAUGUCCCGCAUUCAAUGGCAUCACAGAAAUUACAUCACAAAACAUGUUCAGUCACUGUGUGUUUAUUUGAAUUGUAAUGUAUGCUUUUAUAGUAUUUAUUCUGUAUGCGUUUAUGUUGUAGGGAGCUGUAACUAUUGAGUUGUUUAGUUUGUUGUUUACUACCUUGAUUGUAUUGUAGCAAUCUCCCAAAAUUAUUUGAUUAUAAUUUAAUUCCAUUUUAAAAGUAGAAUUUGAUUCUAGUGAGACAAAAUGUGACAUUACAUACGGAGCUAUUUUGCAUGCUGCAUUUGUUUUCUUGCUCUUUCAAUUUAGUGUGUAUUUUGAAUUUCACUUGCCUUUUUCCCCACACCAUGUUUAGUGAAGACCGUGCCCAAAUGUGUAGUUUCCAAGCCGAUCUGACGUUCCAGAUUUGAAGUGCCACGUUUACAUGUUGAUGAUCGCACUAUUACAUUGUCAGUUGGUUGAUUUGUCAUAAGGGACACUAUUUUCUAUUGGUUCACCCUCUGUAUUUCUCAUUGUAUUUCUAUUGAAGGACAAAACGAGGGACACUAUUUUCUAUUGGUUCACCCUCUGUAUUUCACGUUGUAUUCUAUUUGUAUUUCACGUUGUAUUCUAUUUGUAUUUCACGUUGUAUUCUAAUUGUAUUUCACGUUGUAUUCUAUUUGUAUUUCACGUUGUAUUCUAAUUGUAUUUCACGUUGUAUUCUAUUU